ACCCAGCGUCAAGUUACCCGGCAGCUACGUGUGCAGUUAAAAUGACAACUCCAGGCUGUCCACGUCAACACAGAAAUACUCCAACAUGGACACGGUGGCUCUGGAGCCUUCACUUUACACGGUCAAAGCUGUCUUCAUACUGGACAACGAUGGCACACGCCUGCUGGCCAAGUACUAUGAUCCUGAUUUCUUUCCAUCCAUGAAGGAGCAGAAAAAUUUUGAAAAGAAUGUUUACAACAAAACACACAAAACUGACAGUGAGAUUGCCUUCCUAGAGGGAAUGACUAUUGUGUAUAAAAGCAGUAUUGACCUUUUCUUCUAUGUGGUGGGCAGUGCCCAGGAAAAUGAGUUGAUGCUAAUGUCGGUGCUGAACUGUCUCUUUGAUUCCCUGAGCCAGAUGUUGAGAAAAAACAUAGAAAAACGGUCAGUGAUGGAAAAUCUAGAUGGAGUCUUCCUUGUGGUCGAUGAGGUCAUUGAUGGAGGAGUCAUUCUGGAGAGUGAUCCUCAGCAGGUUAUCCAGAAGAUUAAUUUUAGGGUUGACGACAGCCCCUUGUCAGAACAGAGUGUGUCUCAGGUUUUGCAGUCAGCGAAAGAGCAGAUCAAGUGGUCCAUACUGAAAUAGGACUGUGGUGGCCGACAUAGUCCUUUAGCAACGGACACAAAAGCAAACUUAUGUGCAUUUGUCUUUUUUUUUUUUGCCAAUAGUGUUUUUAUCUGGACUCAUUGGCCCUUUCAUUAUUUAUUUUGAUAACGAAAAUAAGAGUCUGCCAAAAACUUUUUUGCAAGACACUAACAUCUUUUUCUAUAUAUAUCACAGUGUUUACACUAAAAUGAAUGACAAUGCUACAAAAUUCCUGAGUUUCUGUUUAAAAAAAAGCAAAACUUGUGCUUUAGUCAGAGUAAUGUAAAGUGAGCGGCUCAAUUAUUGCAAUCGUUUCGUUUGUGGAUCAAUACAGUAGAUACGGACUUUGGUGAAUUGUCAGUCUUGUUGAAACGCGUGUCGCGUUGUAUUAAUCAGUUCAAUACAUCUGUGCCAGCGAUCAGACGUCCACUGGGGUCCACUCUCUGAUCCACAGUCCCGAUCAUUUUGUUUUUUUUAU